UGACAACACAGGCGACCAGAAGCACGAGCGCUACGCGAACAUCCACUACAAAGUACUGAUUAAAGUCAUUUUUUUUACGUCAUAGAGUCGAGUCAGGAUGCCGUUUCUCGGACAGGACUGGAGGUCACCGGGUCAGAACUGGGUUAAAACCGAGGAGGGAUGGAAAAAGACGACAACAGACCACAAAAACAACAACAAUAACGUGUCCGCGGAGAGCUUUAACAAAGCUGAGGAGGAGGAGGAGCUACAGGAGGAGAAGCAGCGUCGAUUGGACAAGGAGAACCUGCUGCUCUCCUUCAGCUACGACAUGUCUGCCAAGAAGAGGAAGAAAGACCUGAUGAACAACAACACCAAAGUCCCCUAUUUCCACCGGGAAAAGUGGAUUUAUGUUCAUAAAAGAAGCACCAAGGAGCGCCAUGGAUAUUGCACACUUGGAGAGGCCUUCAACCGCUUGGAUUUCUGCAGCGCCAUCAAGGACACCAGGAGAUUUAAUUAUGUGGUCAGAUUACUGGAGCUUAUCGCCAAGUCCCAGCUCCCCUCGCUCAGCGGUGUGGCACAGAAAAACUACAUGAAUAUUCUGGAGAGAGUCGUUCAGAAAGUCCUCGAUGACCAGCAGAACAUCCGUCCGAUCAAAGAGCUGCUGCAGAUGCUGUAUGUGUCACUGUGCGGCCUCGUGCAGAACAUGGGCAAGUGUGUCCUCGUGGGGAACAUCAACAUCUGGGUGUACCGCAUGGAGCACAUCCUGCAGUGGCAGCAGCAGCUGGACAACAUCCAGAUAAACAGGCCUGCGUCUACAGGCAUAACUCUGACCAACCUGCCCGCCAGUCUGCAGCUGAACAUCAUGCAGCGGCUGUCGGACGGCAGGGAUCUCGUCUGCCUGGGACAGGUUUGUCCCGAGCUGGGAACGCUCACUGAGGACCGGCUGCUUUGGAAGAGACUCUGCCAAUACCACUUCACGGACAGACAGAUCCGAAAGCGCCUGAUGGUGUCAGAGAAAGGUCAGCUGGAAUGGAAAAAUAUGUACUUUAAGCUUAGCCGCUGCUACCCUCACAGAGAGCAGUACAGCGACACGCUGCACUUCUGCACGCACUGCCAUGUCCUCUUCUGGAAGGACACCAACCAUCCCUGCACAGCGAACAACCCAGAAUCCUGCACAGUCUCCCUUUCCCCACAAGACUUUAUCAACCUUUUCAACUUCUGAGCUUCCAAA